AUGCUGUUUUGUUCACCUGAGCCUGUGUCUCUGAUCCUCUUUCGCUGCACUGCACAGGUGAACAAACUCCAGGACUUGAAGACCUUCUGCAACGACCCAAAGAACAACAAAAAGGGCUUGACCUUUCGAACCAAUACCGAACGCAAGAAGUAUGUGACACAGACUUUGGGCUUGCGGAUAGUACAAAAUCCCAGGGAUGGUACUGAUUGUGUCCCGGUCUUGGACACGGUGGUGAUGCUCUCAGGACACAGACGCAGCACAAAGAGGGUCAAAGAGGAAGCUUUCCAGGACAAAGAAGAGUCGAAGGAAGCUUUUGAAAAGGCUGCAAAGCGACUUCAAGUGGAAACGAACUCGAAGGAGAUCAUGCAGGCUUUGGCAGAGGACAGUGGCUCUGAUGACAAGAAGUCCCCAGCCAGUGACUCGGAGGACUCGUCUGACUCCAGCAGCUUUGCUGGAGUUUCUCGAGCCAAACAGGAGCCCGAAGUGCCAGCAAGCGCAAACAAGAAACAAAGUGCAAAGGGCAAGGCGAAAGCCAAUGCCAAGAAGAGAUCUGGAAAGACUGAGGCUACACAGGCACCAUCAGCUGUGAAGGACAAAGCUGAUAAAGCCGCCGAUAAAGCUGACAAAGAGAGGAAAAAGGAAGAAGACCGUAUUGGCAAUCUCGUUGCCACCCAUCAGAAGACUCUUGGUCUUUUGCAGGAACUGACGCCAAAUGUUGUUUGGAGGAGCUUGGUUCGCACAGUGGAACUUGACAGGCGUUUGACCAAAGCAGCUGCUGCGUUGGAUGAGUUGUCAGCUCUCUCCGACCCUGACACUCCUGAGCCUUUGAGAGAGCAGAUUUCCACUUUGAAGAUCGAUCUUGCCAAGAGCAUUGCCUUCGCCCAGUCCCUGAAGGCAACUUGCCUGUUUGUCAGGACGACGGGAUCAGCAGAGAUGUCGAAGGAAGUUCUCGAGGGCAAGGAGCUGGUGUCUUCCAUUCAGAAAUGUUGCACAAGCUUGCUCUCGGACAGCGCAACCAUUGCUGACAUGUUGCAUUCCAUUGCCAAGAAAUUGUUCGAGGUGGAAGACCAUUGCCUUUUCUUGUUCCUUCAGAUUCGAACCGGCGAAGACGGCCUGAUUGAGCAAUGCUCAUUCAACCUUGGGACGCUAUUGGCCAUGAAGAUUGGUAGUGAGAAGGACCAACAGGACAGUUUUGUCAAGGAUCUUCUCAAGAUCCAAACCAGGGCUUUGGGUGAAUUCUUCUUUGAAAGGCUCAAGGGCAAUACCAGCAUUGCAAUGGCUCAAGCGAAACUUCCACCUUCACUUUGCCAGAAAUGCUUUGAUGAUGAACUCGAUUGGCUUCCUUCAUCAAACCAGAUCGGCUCCGUGGCACUGGAGAGCUACAGGAACCGCUCUGGAUUCUCAGUAGAGAAUAUGAGGGACUUGCAACGUGUUUUUGCAUGCCUCAUGAAGGAGGAGGGUGCAAGCGAGCAUCUGAAGCAGGACAAUGAAUACUUCCAGAAGGUUUGUGGCCCAACAGCUGGCUUUGGCGCCAGAGUGGUUGUGCCCAUGUCAUCGCAAGGCGAAUGGAGGACCUCCAUCAAGGACAACAAGUUCCUUUGUUACCACAAUCAGGAUGAAGCCAAUGCCAAAGGCACCAUGGGACCAUAUGUGAAAGGGUCCGGUCUCAAAGUUGCUGUUGCAGCUGGGCAAUCUCGCAGAGUACAGAUCGAAGACAUUGUUUUCAAGAGCCCUGCUUCGGUCCAGUUGCACCAUGACCUUGCAAUCGCUGAGACUGCCUAUCUUGAUGGCUUGGAGGCGAACAAGGUUUCUGAAGAAGUUCAUGAGGGCACGUGGAUGGGUGAUUACGAACAGACUGACCACCAGAUUGGGUCUUUGCAGUUUUCACUGCAGUUCCUUUAUGUGGCAGCAGCCGUACUGCAUGAAAAGGAGAAACAAAAGCCUGCCCAUGGUCAAUGGGACAGUGGGAAGCUCUGGCAACUUCUUCUGAACUCCCAGAAGGAGAUUGCAAGCAUGAAGGCUCUUGAGCAGAAAGUUGACCCCCUCCUGGAACGUUUCGAUGCCAUUUUUGAGAUUGACAUUUCGGACGAAAACUUGGAUGCAAUCAAGACAGCAGUGGAAGGAGUUGCAGAAGCAGGAGAUCUCCUUUUGGCUUUGCGCAAGGGGGGCAAGGGCGAAUGCGAGUUGUCUGUUGGCAAGAUUCAGGACAAGAUGGCUGCCCUUGUGAAAUGGGCAGGGGGGAUGUCCAAGAUGAAGGACUUUGAUGCAGCCUUGGGCAGCCUUGCUGAUUCUGUGGGGUUGCAACUCAACAUCCCUGAUGAUGCUAGCAGCAAGGACAUUGCUGAGUCCUUCCCGCUGUCCUUGCCAACACUGCCAAGUCUUGUGGACCAAGCAUUCCUUUUGCAGUGCUACAUCAAUGCAAAGUUCGGCCUUUCCGACAUUGACAACGAGGAUCAGAAGAUUACUGCCAGCUCAUUCCAGUUCUUGCUAGAAUGGGCAACACGGACACUUUCCAAGCAGAACACUGUUGACUGCCGGCAGGAUGACAAGGUCAAGAGUGUGAGGAUUCUGCAGGACUAUGCAAAGGAAUGCCUCAAGUUCUUUCCAGCCAAGGGCAGUGACGACUUGAAGCCUUUCAUCGCCAGCAGCGCCAUCAAGCAGAUGUUGGAAAGAUUGCAGCGUGUUUGCUAUGCAGCCAUCCUGACAGGCCUGAUCAGUGGCGACUUCAAGACAAAGGACCUCAGUCAGAUUCUUCCUCCAGACUUGAAACCAGUAGCCAAUGUUUUGCAAACGAACUGGGAUCAAGCCUGUGAAGACAUUCAAAGGCCAGAAGGGGAUCUGACAGGUUUCCUGCUGAGACUUGAGGAUGCAAGUUUGCUGGAGGCAACAUGCAACCGAUGCCGAGAGUUCCAGUCAGCUUUUAGCAAAGGCAUUGGAGAGGCAGCUUCUGCCACCAGCCAGGUGGCCUUGCCUCCGCUGGAUCGAUUCAUCUCCAAGUAUGAAGCCAUUCAGGCUGCAGUUGAGAAGUGGGACCUUCAGGAUGUGGAAUGGAUCUUCAAAGACGAAUCGGAAGCAGAGGUGAAGCAAGACAUCGAAGACUUCAAAACUCACCGCCAAGAGUUCCUGGAUAUGCAGGAGACUCUGGCCAAGCUGGUUGGCCACAUGGGCGUGACACAGUGUGAAGAGUUGAAGGCAGGCUUGAAGGUUUGUCAGGAUUUUGUCCAGGAAGGGCAGUCCAAAUGCAAGGUUGGGACAGAGUAUGUCAGCUUCAUUCUCUUGGCAAGUUGCAUUGUGCAGAAGCAGGACCAGCAAAGCGUGAAGAAGGUCGAUGCCUACUUCAAGAAAUGCUUUGGGAAUGGGUUUGACUACGACGCAUUGCCAGCCAAACUUGGUCAGAACUUGAAAGCCCUGCAGGCCGAGGACGGCAACAAAAAGGAGAAGGCCGAGAAGCCAGACAAGUCGAAGAAAGAGAAGAAAGAGAAGAAAGCAAAGGACGCGGAGGAAUCGAAAAAGAGACCCAGUACUGAGGCAAAAGAGCCCAAGGCCAAGAAGAACAAAAAGUAG